AUUCCUCCAUAUCUCAUCGUCUCGAAAAACUUCAUCCACUGUCAUACUCACUUAGAGUUGCGGACAAUAUGGACGACUUCGUCCUGCUCGAGAAGUCGGGCUCGUCAGAGAAACAUCAACUCUUCCACGACGUGCACCGGUUGACCGCAGCAGGCACAGCUGACCAUGACCUGCAGUACUUGGCCGCUCUACGCAAGGCUAACCCGGGCAUGAUUGUGACAGCAAUUCCCAUCAACAACAUCCCGCUUCGCGCCUUUGCCGCAGCCGGAUUUGCUUCUUGCGAGCUCGAUACUGAGACCGACUCUUUCGCCAGCCGGCGAGGUUUCCAAGGUCCUAUUAGGCGCCAGAUCCACGGACACCUGGCUGAAAGUGUCCAAUUUGCAAAGUACCAUCUGAAGUGGGCGAGCGAAGACUUCAUCUUCUACCUAGUUGACCAGGUCCAAUAUGUUGUUAAGGAGCGUCGGGAUGAAGAACGUGCUCUGGGCCCCUCUAGGGUAACGGACGCUUUGAUUCAGGCUGCUGGCGACUGGCUCCUCAGCGACCAAGAAGUCGUUUGGGUGUAUGACCUGUUCUGGACGCGAAGCAAGCCACUCUACGACCAGGUCAUGAAAGCCUCGUGGGACAAAGUGAUCCUGGAUGAGAAGAUGAAGAAAGAGCUCACGGCUGCAGCAAACAAGUUCUUCUCUGCCGAGCAGACUUACAAAGAUCUUGGAGUACCUUGGAAGCGUGGGCUCUUGUUCCACGGUCCGCCUGGCAACGGCAAGACAAUAUCGAUCAAGGCGCUCAUGCACACACUGCUCGACCGAGACGAUCCGAUACCAACACUGUACGUACGCAACGCUCCACGAACCUUCGAUAUCCACAACGUCUUCAUGCAAGCACGGGCGCUAUCGCCGUGCAUGUUGAUCCUGGAAGAUGUUGAAACCAUUGUGACUCCUCUAACUCGAUCGUACUUCUUCAAUGAGAUGGAUGGCUUGGAGAACAACGAUGGUAUACUCAUUGUGGCGUCCACAAACUUCCUGGACAGACUUGAUCCAGGCUUGUCUAAACGGCCAUCCCGGUUCGAUCGCAAGUACCUUUUCCCGCAACCGAACGAGCAUGAGCGCACGCUGUAUUGCGAGUUCUGGCAUCGCAAAUUGCAAGACAAUCCUCUUGUUGACUUCCCAGAAGCUCUUGUGGCUCCAAUGGCGCAUAUCACAGCUGGCUUUUCGUUUGCUUUCUUACAGGAGUGCUUUGUGACGUCCUUACUGACGCUGGCGAGAGAUGAGGACGAAGAUGACGAGCACAGUCGGUUCUCUGAUGACUUGGAGAAGUAUGAACUCUGGAGGAUCUUCAAGCAGCAAGCCGAGACCCUGCGGAAACAGAUCGAGAGCGAAAUAGAGGAUCCAAGUUUCAAGUCUCUCGACGAGAAUGGGGUGAUGCCGGAGGCAACGAGCUUGAAGAGCGAGUCGAAGGAAACGCUACCGAGCGGUGCAGGUGCCGGAAACGACACGCUGUUACAUCCGCCUCCGCCAUCUAGCGCCGACGAGCUCUGGAAAGACAUGGAGGCGGAACUUGCAGCCAUCGUGCCCACCCUUACCUUCGGAUCCUCCUCUCGGCAGCCGUAUACUCUAACCGACAUGCCUGAGCAGACAGGUACAGCACUACCAGACCUAAAUCAUCUCCAUCCUACAAACGAAGUGCUACCGGAGCUAGCGUGGCAAUACCGGAAACGCAGGUACAUCAACAGCGCAGCGUACAUGUACGGGCCCCCGGGCUAGACUGUUUGGCAAGCUUUGAAUCUCGCCGCCGUUCCCAAGACCUUAAGACUUGCUGUCCUCUCUGAGCAUCCCCACCCGCCUGUGUUCGUUUAGAAAUUGUAAGCCUUGUAGACCUGCCCUGGAAGAGUCUAUAGGACUUGCGCUAGACAUCUAGACCGCACCCGCGUAGACUACCCACACGGAGUUGGUUACGUCUAUCGGCAUUGACCUUCGUGGUGCGGACUGAUCCGCAAGGAAGAGUGCCGGAGCUGACAGUAUUUCGUAUUGCGUGUUCACGAUCCAAGCGAAUUCGGCUGCAAUUUCUGGGCUUCCGGUGAUAAGCAUUGCACUCCUAGUAGCUGAUAUGGUGUUGUUGCUGCUC